AUGGACAUCGACCCGAUUAUAGUGUCCACCAGCUUAGAAGCUCUAAUUGAAAGAGCAACAAAAAAUAGCAAUGAAAAAAUUGACAGUGCUGCAAUGAUUGCAUUUAGUGGAUUUGUGCAAAGAGAUCCAGAAUGUGCACCACUAGCAGCAAAGUGUAUUUUAGCUAAAAUUCAUUCAAUGCAGGAAUGGGAAGCUUUACAAGCCCUUCAUUUAUUAGACAUAUGUAUGCAGACCGGUAGUGCCAGUUUUCAAGCUGAAGUUGGAAAAUUCCGUUUCCUUAAUGAACUUAUACGUUUAGUAUCUCCCAACUGCAAUGGAAUCCAUACACCAGAAUUAAUAAAAAACAAAAUCAUUGAACUUCUUGGCCUAUGGUCAUCACAAUUCCCCAAAGAAAUUAAGAUACAAGAUGCCUUGGACAUGUUAAAAAAACAAGGUGUAGUAAAGGAUUUUUUAUUUGAAAAUAUGCCAUCAAGAGCAACUUCUGCUUCUAAAUUGGAUUCUAAUAAAGUAUCAAUUUUGAAUGGAGAAAAAUCGUUAUUGCUGCAAAAGUUGCUUAAAAGUAAAAAAUCAGAAGAUCUCAAAGCUGCUAACGAAUUAAUCAAAUCUAUGGUUGAAGAGGAAGAGCAGAAAGCAGAAAGAAUUAGUAGUAUGUUGGCUGAUAUUGAAAUAACUUCAAAUAAUGUUAAAUUACUAUCAGAAAUGCUCAAAUCAUAUUGUGAUGGUUCUGGUUCUUUAAAUGAUUUAGAACUUAUUAAAGAGUUGUAUACUACUGUAAAACAACUGGAACCAAAAGUUCAAACAAUGUUAUCACUAGAAAUACCAGAAAACGAGGAUACUGUUAGAAAAAUAAUUAAACUUAAUUAUGAAGUAAAUGAAACUUUAAAAAUAUACAACGAAGUUUUAGAUAAUCUUAACAAUAAGAAACCAAUUAAUCAAGAAAAUGAAGAAUAUUUGUUAGACCUUAGUAUGUCAUCUGUUUCACCAGGGAAAAAAGACUUUUUAAGUGAAUCUAAUUGUGGAAGGAAUGACUUUUCAAAUAAUGGAUCUGCAAAUGUUAAGGAACUAGAUGAUUUUUUGCAAAUGUCGCAUCCCAUAAAAGGAUUUACUCCUCCGCUGCCUGAAGUUGUUGAUUCUCAAAAACAUGAAAAAAUUAAGGACAGUGUGUUAAGUGUAGACCUGUUCGAAGAAUUAAAUAUUCUUGGAAAAGUUAUUUUGAAUAAACCUAAUGAAACUAAAAUAGAUGAAAAACCAUUUAAUUUAACAGACGCAGAAUUGAGUUCAGAUAAUAUUAAAAAAAGUAGUCUAUCAGAUGAACCGUUGAUAGGUACACAUGAUUCAAUAUUAUUUGAACCAAAAAACUAUAGUCUUCAGAUAAAGCCUCUUGGUGAUAUUAAUAUUAAACUUGAAGACAUUAUUCCAUGUCCUGAUUCCAUCAUUGUGAGCUUAUUUGAUAAGAAUGAUAUUAGUACAGAACUACAUUUAGCUGCAAAUAAACCAAGAGAAGAUGUUACAGUUUUUGUUGUUACGACAAGAAGCAAAUGUAAAUUGCCAUUAUUUAAUUUUUCAUUCCAACCAGUUGUUCCAAAAGACUGUAGGUUACGUAUGUUACCUCAAUCAAGAGCCAAUCUUCCUAUUUAUAAUGCAUUUUUACCACAAGAAACCAUUGUACAAAUCAUACUAGUUGCAACUCUAAAUAAAGAAAUUAUACCGUUAAAAUAUGUGAUAAGUUAUACAAUGGAUGGUGAAAUGUUUACUGAAUUUGGUGAAACUGAGCAGCUCUGCAUAAACUAA